AUGGCUCCAUCAACAUGUUGCAAGAAGGGCGAGAAUGCUGGCAAUGGUUGUGUUUGUGCAACCCAAGCAAAGUGUUCCUGCGGCGAAAAGAAAGCUCUUGAAUGCACCUGCGCUAAAUCCGAGAGUGAGAAUAAGGUCGAGGGUGCCAGAUGUUCUUGCCGUGCCCGUGCAGCCGGAGCUUGUACCUGCGAGCGUUCCGCUGAGGAAAACAAGGUUCCUUCUGGAGAUCUCUGUUCAUGUGGUGCUAGACCUGCUGAUGCAUGCACCUGUGAGAAAGCCACAGAUGGUGGAUUACUUCCUACCGAGACGGAUUUCACUACUAAGGCUUAG